UCAGCCAUCAAUUUGUGUUUGGACGUGAGAGAAGCCGCUUUGAUCGCUUCUCGUUUGAACCAUAACGUUCCUUAAAACUUCUCAAAAACUUUUUGACUAUUUCAAUUUGUUCCUCUCGUUAAACGACAAAACUAUUCAAAAUGCGUGAGUGUAUAUCCGUACACGUUGGUCAAGCUGGAGUCCAGAUAGGUAAUGCCUGCUGGGAAUUGUACUGUUUAGAACAUGGAAUUGCUCCUGAUGGUCAAAUGCCUUCUGAUAAAACCAUUGGUAGUGGAGAUGACAGCUUCAACACUUUCUUCAGCGAGACUGGAUCAGGCAAACACGUGCCCAGAGCUGUAUUUGUUGAUCUUGAGCCAACUGUCGUUGAUGAAGUCAGAACUGGAACAUACCGUCAAUUGUUCCACCCCGAACAAUUGAUAACUGGCAAAGAGGACGCCGCCAACAACUACGCUCGUGGACAUUACACUAUCGGAAAAGAAAUUGUUGAUGUUGUUUUGGACAGAGUCAGGAAAUUAGCAGACCAAUGUACUGGUCUUCAAGGUUUCUUGAUCUUCCACUCUUUCGGAGGCGGUACUGGAUCUGGAUUCACAUCAUUGUUGAUGGAAAGAUUGAGCGUCGACUACGGAAAGAAGAGUAAAUUGGAAUUCGCCAUCUACCCUGCACCUCAAGUGUCCACAGCUGUUGUCGAGCCUUACAACUCAAUUUUGACCACACACACAACUCUCGAACACAGUGACUGUGCUUUCAUGGUCGACAACGAAGCAAUCUAUGAUAUUUGUCGUCGUAAUCUUGACAUUGAACGUCCAACUUACACCAACUUGAACCGUCUCAUUGGUCAAAUUGUGUCCUCCAUUACGGCUUCUCUGCGUUUCGAUGGUGCCCUUAAUGUUGACUUGACCGAGUUCCAGACCAAUUUGGUACCAUACCCACGUAUCCAUUUCCCCUUGGUGACAUACGCACCAGUCAUCUCUGCUGAAAAAGCAUACCAUGAACAAUUAUCGGUGUCCGAAAUCACAAACGCUUGCUUCGAACCAGCUAACCAAAUGGUGAAAUGUGACCCGCGUCAUGGCAAGUACAUGGCGUGUUGCAUGUUAUACCGUGGUGAUGUUGUACCCAAGGAUGUCAAUGCUGCGAUUGCUUCAAUCAAGACCAAGAGGACAAUCCAAUUCGUUGACUGGUGUCCAACUGGUUUCAAAGUCGGAAUCAACUACCAGCCUCCCACUGUUGUCCCUGGUGGUGACUUGGCCAAGGUGCAGCGUGCCGUAUGCAUGUUGUCCAACACCACAGCUAUUGCCGAAGCUUGGGCCAGGUUGGACCACAAGUUCGACUUGAUGUACGCCAAACGCGCUUUCGUCCACUGGUACGUUGGAGAAGGUAUGGAAGAAGGUGAAUUCUCCGAAGCUCGUGAAGAUUUGGCUGCUUUGGAAAAGGACUACGAAGAAGUUGGUAUGGACUCCGUAGAAGGCGAAGGUGAAGGUGGUGAAGAAUAUUAAGUCACUUAAUCUUCCCUAAUUUCAACUCAAUAUUUGCUUCAUCAUACUUGAAAAAAAAUUUAUAACAACUAGAAGUUUGUUUUAUUUCAAGCAAAUAUUGUAUUUGAAAGAUUUAAUUUUUAUACACAUUUUUUUACUAAUUAUAAUUUAAUUAAAGAAACAGAAACUGAAUAAUAA